AAGUCCAAAGUCUUCUCCUCCUUCCUCCUCUCGCUAACUCGCGCUUUGACCCCCCAAUUCUCUAUCCAUUCUGUUCCCGACAUUGAUGGUAAUAGUUGGCUUUGCCGCCGCCGACGAUGGGCCUGUGCUCCUCCUCUAGCGCCGCCAGCCCCGCCGAUCCCGCCGGCGGCAACGGUAAUAAGGAGAAGGGGAGGAAGGGCAGCGGCAGCAGGGGGAUCGUGGCGUGCGGGAAGCGGACGGACUUCGGUUACGACAAGGACUUCGAGGCGCGGUAUACGAUCGGGAAGCUUCUUGGCCACGGACAGUUCGGCUACACCUUCGCCGCCGUCGACCGCUACUCCGACGAGCGCGUCGCCGUCAAGCGCAUCGACAAGAACAAGAUGGUCCUUCCUGUUGCUGUUGAAGAUGUAAAGCGAGAAGUUAAAAUACUCAAGGCCUUACAAGGGCAUGAAAAUGUUGUACAUUUUUACAAUGCAUUCGAGGAUGAUAACUAUGUGUAUAUUGUUAUGGAAUUAUGUGAGGGUGGUGAGUUGCUUGACCGCAUAUUAGCCAAGAAAGAUAGCCGUUAUAGCGAGAAAGAUGCUGCAGUAGUUGUGCGACAAAUGCUCAAGGUUGCAGCUGAAUGCCAUUUGCAUGGUUUGGUUCAUCGGGACAUGAAACCCGAGAACUUCCUCUUCAAAUCAUCAAAGGAGGGCUCACCCCUCAAGGCUACAGAUUUUGGCCUUUCGGACUUCAUAAGAGCAGGGAAGCAAUUUCGUGACAUUGUCGGAAGUGCCUACUAUGUAGCACCAGAAGUGCUCAAGCGUAAGUCAGGGCCGGAAUCUGAUGUUUGGAGUAUUGGUGUUAUAACUUAUAUUCUGUUGUGCGGAAGACGGCCUUUUUGGGACAAAACUGAAGAUGGAAUCUUUAAAGAGGUGUUAAAAAACAAGCCAGAUUUCCGUCGCAAGCCUUGGACGAACAUUACUCCAAGUGCUAAAGAUUUUGUACAGAAGUUACUAGUUAAGGAUCCCCGUGCAAGACUAACUGCUGCCCAGGCAUUAUCACAUGAAUGGGUGAGAGAAGGAGGACAGGCAUCUGAAAUACCUCUGGAUAUAUCAGUAUUGCAUAAUAUGCGACAGUUUGUGAAAUACAGUCGUUUCAAGCAAUUUGCUUUAAGGGCUUUGGCAUCUACACUAAAUUCAGAAGAACUGUCUGAUCUUCGCGACCAGUUCAAUGCCAUUGAUAUUGACAAGAGUGGAACGAUAAGCCUAGAAGAACUGAAGCAGGCUCUUGCAAAGGAUGUUCCGUGGAGACUAAAGGGUCCUCGUGUUCUAGAGAUUGUCGAGGCGAUCGACAGUAACACAGAUGGGUUAGUUGAUUUUGAGGAGUUUGUUGCUGCCACACUACAUGUGCAUCAGCUGGUGGAACAUGACAGCGAGAAGUGGAAGUCAUUGUCUCAAGCUGCGUUUGAUAAAUUCGAUGUUGACGGAGAUGGCUAUAUCACAUCUGAUGAACUGAGAAUGAAUACAGGACUGAAGGGUUCUAUUGACCCCCUCCUGGAGGAGGCUGACAUUGACAAAGAUGGCAAAAUAAGCCUUGACGAAUUUCGUAGACUCUUGAAAACUGCAAGCAUGAGUUCUCGCAACGCAACCCCAAAAAGCGUUUCCAAGUCAUAUAGAUUUGCGUAGUUCACAUAACACAACAAAGUCCUGUCUAUGCCUCUAUGGUGGGACUUUGUUGGCCAUAAAGGCUUCAUGAUGUAAAUUAUAUGAUCAUUUUGUCUGGGAUAGGCUUCGUGAAUUUUGGGCACAUCUGUGUGAAAUUUGGAAGAAAGAUACUGAACACAA